UGUCAGGGAAGGCAAUUUUUUCAAGUUCGAAAACUUUUUUUUUUUUUCAAGCUGACCGCCAUCUUCCUGAACGCGGAGGAGCUGCAGGCACAUGCCACGGCGCUGGCAGAGCGGCUGCGCGACUCGCUGGAGAUGGCCGUGGAGCAGGGCGACGACGAUCUCCUCAGCGUCGACAUCGGCCGCCUGUUCCUCGCGGCCACGCCCAUGCUCCGGGCCUUCGAGCACUACUGCACCCGACAGGCCGCUGCCUCCCUGCUGCUGGCCAGCCUGGAGAAGGAGAAGGAGCUGCUUCGGAUCUUCCUGCGCGUGUCCCAGAUGGAGAACGCCGUGCUGCGCCGCAUGAACCUCAACUCCUUCCUCAUGGUCCCCGUGCAGCGAGUCACCAAGUACCCGCUGUUGCUGGCACGGCUCUACAAGGUGACCCCGUGCUCGCACCCCGCCAAGGAGCUCCUACUGCAGGCGCAGCACCACAUCGAGUUGCACCUCGAGCACAUGAACUCGGUCGCCAAGGACAUCAGCUCGACUAAGCUCUGGAGGCGGAUCACCAUCACCAACGGGCGCAGAAGCGGCUCAGAGAGCGACAUGGUCAACAUCAAGCUGAGGAAGAUGGCCGUGGAGGUGCUCGAGUGGACGCAGGACGUGAGCUUCCCCAUGGAGGGCCGCCUGCUGUUCGCGCAGCCCGCCGACUCGAGCUGGCGCCGGGGCCGCGCCGUCAAGAUGAGCCCCGUGAGCGCGCUGCUCGUGACGCAGGGUCACCCGUCGUCGGACUCCCCCAUGGACGCGCCGCUGCACUUCGCCUCGCAGCCGGGCGUGCGCGCCGCCACCCUGCUGCUGCUCCGGGAGAAGGGCGGGAGAUACUCGCUGUUAAGGGACCCCCUCUUCCUGGACAAAUGUAUGGUAUGCUGCGAGGUGGACUGGGAUGACUACUUUGAAGUACAGGAGCUUGCAACCAAAGAUUCCUUCGUCUUCAAGGCGGAGGAUGUUGAGCGGACUCGAACCUGGUACCGGCAGCUGCAGGUCCAUGCACAGGGGCUCGGGUCGUGGAGGAAGAGGAGGAACGCUUUGGCCAACAUCAUGAUCAACGGCAUGCAGCUGCGGAGCUAGUCCAGGAUGAUAGCCGGGUGCCUGUUAAAUGUCGGGCCAGCGCCGAGACGAUUAGUUCAGUCGCACCGACGUCGGCCCGACAAAUUUUUAUUUUCUGUGUUUUAAUAUAAUUGCCAUGAUCAAGUAAAGCAUUCAUGACAUUUCUGGAGCAUGUCAUGGUUAAGGGCGUGGGACAGAAAACUUACCUAGUUUUGGCAUGGGUCAAUUCUUUUCUGCAUAUCUAACAAAUUUGAUCUCAUUUAUCUAAUUGAAAAUCACAGGCAAGAAACAAUUAAAAAAACACUAUAGUAAUCCAUUGUUCCUGUAUGUUGUUACCUAAACUGAAUUUGAUGAAGAUCAAACUUGAAACAGCCCUCAUUGUUUACAAUUAUGCUAAUCCUACUUACUAGUAUUUUAUUUAAAUUUUGACAAACUGAUUUUUCUUUUUCGUACAUGCUUCUGUACAUGUUUGAACUUAUAUUUAGUCCACAUGCCAAGCAAAUCUAGAUACAGUUC